AUGCGGUACAAUGGUAUUGAGUUGAACAAAAACGACCCUCAGUCAUCCAAAGUAUCUGCGUUCAAGAGUCUAGGAUUGCUGGACCGAUUUCUUGCAGUAUGGAUACUCUUGGCCAUGGCCAUCGGCAUCAUUCUGGGAAACUUUGUCCCUAACACUGGCCCAGCUCUGCAGAAGGGGAAAUUUGUGGGAGUAUCUGUUCCAAUAGCAAUUGGAUUGCUCGUUAUGAUGUAUCCGAUCUUGUGUAAGGUCAGAUACGAGACACUCCAUCACGUCUUCCGUGAGCGCAAAAUCUGGGUGCAGAUUGGAUUCAGCAUCGUGGUUAAUUGGAUCGUUGCGCCCUUGGUCAUGCUUGGCCUCGCGUGGGCGUUCCUUCCCGACAAGCCAGGUCUGCGAGAUGGCUUGAUUCUUGUUGGCCUUGCGAGAUGUAUCGCCAUGGUCCUGAUCUGGACGGGUCUCGCUGGCGGGGAUAGCGAAUACUGCGCCAUCCUCGUCGCUAUUAAUUCAAUAUUGCAGAUGGUCCUCUUCGCCCCUCUCGCGAUUCUAUUCCUUCGAGUUAUCAGUGGUGCCGACGCGGAGGUCUCGUACCAAACUGUCGCCAAAUCGGUGGCCGUCUUCCUCGGGAUCCCCCUUAGUGGAGCAAUUGUAACCCGUUUCGGUCUACGCAACCUUAUUAGUCCCACUUGGUACGACGAAGUAUUCUUGAAGUUCGCUGCCCCGUGGUCGCUCAUCGGUCUUCUCUUCACCAUUCUUGUUUUGUUCGCGUCUCAAGGGCGGCAAGUUGUGCACCAAAUCGUGUCCGUUGUUAGGGUUGCAGCGCCACUGAUUGUUUACUUUGGGGUCAUCUUCUUCCUCACCCUCCUGGUGACGCAUAAGCUUGGCUUUGGAUAUAAGCUGGCAGCGACGCAAAGCUUUACUGCAGCGAGCAACAAUUUCGAGCUGGCAAUCGCCGUCGCCGUCGCUACAUAUGGUCCCAACAGUGAUCAAGCUUUGGCAUCUACGGUUGGGCCCCUCAUUGAAGUCCCCGUUUUGCUCGGCCUGGUGUAUGUUGUGAAAGCCAUCGGACGGAGAAGAGGAUGGAAAGACUGAGGAGUGAGAAACUGGGCAUCUGGCAC